UAGUCAUAACUCUAUUUAAAAGGUAUUAUGUUUUUGCUUGGUUUACGGGCUGAAAGCUGCGGGUGAUUUUAAGUAUACCGACGUGUUAUGUUAAUGAUGCUGUACCUAAGUCUUAAAGACCUUACAAGUUCUAUUUACCAUUGAGUUUUAAAAGGACUGCUUUAGAUGCACUUUACCGGAAUUUGAAGAAGAAGGCACUUAUUGUUGAAUUUGUGGAUGGUCGAUCUUGAAUCCCUGAACGCAGAAAAGAUUUUUCUUCUUUUAGUUAUGGAUAUUCAGCUCCAGAAGGAAACAUUUAAAGUCCGACAGAUUUUCAGUGAAAUCGACGACUAUUUACAUACUGGAGAUCCCAUCAUUCGAGAAUGGUUCCUAAUCAACAGCAAAUUUUGGCCUGCAUUUCUAUGCACGAUGUACCUAAUUGUUGUCAAAAUAGUCGGCCCAGCUUUUAUGAGGGAUCGAAAGCCUUUUGUGCUGAGGAAGACACUGAUCGUAUAUAAUUUAUUCCUGGUGAUUACAUAUUCUGCCACUAUAUAUGUUUUCAUGGCUAAUAUGGUGAGAAUCGAUCCUGCAAUACUUUGCAAGAAUUCUAACGUCAACCCGAGUGAUUCUACAUACACGUUAGCAGCCUGCGGCUGGAUGGUCUACAUGUUGAAAUACGUAGAAUUCCUUGACACGAUCUUUUUCGUAUUGAGGAAAAAAGACAAGUCGAUUACGAACCUCCAUGUGAUACACCACGCUAUUCUUCCAAUUUGUGGAUGGGUUCUCUUCAGAACAGAAACAAGCGGUUUUCAGAGUUUUCCAGUUCUCCUCAAUUCCAUCGUUCACGUUUUGAUGUACAGUUACUACGGCCUGGCUGCCAUAGGACCUCAUGUGCAGAAAUAUUUAUGGUGGAAACGGUAUCUCACGAUUAUUCAGAUGGUACAGUUCAUCCUGGUCAUACUAUUUGUGACAACAAUAACACCCCUCUCAGGGUGUUCUGCAGCCAAAACCAGUGUAUGGGUCAACACUGUAUUAGCAGUAUUAUUUCUCAUCCUGUUCUACAAUUUUUAUACACAUUCCUUUCAACCAAAAGGAUCUCAAUUAAAAAAGGAUUUUGAAAAGAAACAGCUUGAAGGAGAUGUUUCUAAGCAUAACAAUAAUGAAGCCAUCAGUGAAACAAAGAAAUUCAAGUCCAACUAGAAACUGAUUAAUAAGUUCUUUUGUCUGAAGUGAUACUUACAUUUACAGCGAUUCACUUUGCUGCUAUCCACGAGCUAGACGUUAUGACUGAAUGAAUAACUGCUACUGAGGAUGGCGGAAUUACUAGAUGGCCAAAAUGUCGUUUUUGCUGAACAUUUUCGUUUACUAUGUUAUUUAUUUAUAUCGUCUCUAAGAAUCAAGUGGAUCUUAGAAAGCCCUCUGCCUUCAUGAUGAAGAUUUGGAAACACUAUGGGAGUUCUGAAUUCGAUACAUGCUGCGGUAGCCAAAGAGAUAAUUUUGUUCAAAACAAAGAUUUCAUCAUGUUCCGAAGUCGUUUUCUCAUGAACUUGUAGAUUUCAGCACAUAUUUAUUGACAUGAAAGAAAAAUAUAUAGAUACCUACAUAAUGUUGAUCUUUACAAUGAAUUCAAUUUUCAAAGUAUAGUAUACACAGCAAAAUUUGUACAGUGUUAAUCACGUUCGACAAAGAUUAACCAUCUCAUCGAAUUAAGACCACAAUUUAUAAUCUUCGAACUGUUACGGUGGAAUACCGAAGUCGAACUUCAUAUAAAUCUUUUGCUGCCUGCACCACAUAGCUGAAUUUUUCAAUUUCGAAGAAUGUCUUAGAUAAUUUUUUUCUUCCGUUUUAUUUUCUCUGAAACGAUAAAGGAUACUGGCAACAAUAUGUGAAAUGCCAUAUCAAAAAUGUAACAAGAACAGCAAUCAACUAAAUAGUACUCUUUUAUUUCAGGACAGACCAUCUUUGUCUAAUGCUAACAAAUUACAUCUGGAAUCAAAAUAAUGUUUUGGAAAGAAACAGACGAACUUAAGAAUCUUAUAAACUAUGGUUAAUAUUUUAGAGGCAUUAAAGCCACAAAUAUUUGAAGCUGUUUGUAUUUUUGAAGAAAUAUAUAAAUCUUGUGUCAACCA